GGUGGCUGCUAGUCAAAGGGAAAGUGAAAGCCCCACCACUAAAGAGGAAGCUGUUGUAAGAAAAUUAAGUCUUCGGCGGACACGCGACCACGAGGAAACUGAACCUGCAUCAGUUGCCAAUAAGAUUUGGUGAUAUCGGUCGCGCGUUUUGUGCGUUCAACUGUGCUGUAAUUUUAUUGUUUUUAUUAAUUGGAGGCUUAUUUGGAUAUGACAUAUGCAAGCAGCUUGUGACACAUAACCAAAGAAAACAGUAACUGGCCAUCCUAAUAAUCCAGAAGCACUUGAACUUAACAUGUACAAAUAUCUUGGCUUAUGUCUAGUAUUAACUUGCACCGCAGGGGUCCAUGAUCCAGAUUCAUGGCAUCCUUAUCAACACCAUGACGUAUAUCAGGGAAUUCAACAGUCACCAUUAGAGACUUAUCAAGAAGAGCAAGUACAAUAUCAACAUGGCGGCGUACCAGGCAGAGACCAGUGCCAAGUUUAUAAAGUAGGUUUCACGCAGGAUCUCUACUUCCAAUAUAUCCAGUACAAAACCGAAAUUCCAGAUUUGAAGCAGUUUACCUUGUGUUUUUGGACUAAAUUUUACAACCAUAGUAAUGAUCAUCCGAUAUUUUCUUACGCAGUGGAUGGACAACCUAGAGCAAUUUAUUCGUACAUAUCAAAUACAGAAAGAUCAAGUUACUUCAGCUUAGUGGUAGAGGGCCACACCUUUUACAGACUAAAUUACCCGUUUCGAUUGAACAGAUGGUAUCACACAUGCCAAAGCUGGAAUGGAAAAACGGGAGAAUGGCAAAUUUGGGUCAACGCCGAAAGAGUUGGAAGAGGAUUCCACAAUAGAUUGGUUGGUCACGUGAUGCCAGGUGGAGGAAUUGCCAUAACCGGCCAGGAACAAAGUCAACUUGGCGGAGGAUUUCAGGAAGGAGCUGAAGCUCCAAAAGGUUCUGGCGGUAUGCUUGGCGAAAUUACCAUGCUUCAACUCUACAAAGUCGCAUUGACAGCAGGAAAAGCUCACAAAGACCACAAACAUCACCAUGCUCAUCAAUUCGACCACAGCGGCAGAGCCAUAACAACUCCAGCUCCUACAACGCCUAGAAUCAGAGCCACUUUGCCACCCCACCCACUUUUAACAGCAGGUCAAAUCAAUCAAAAACUCCGAAUCAAUUUAGCCAAUGGUCCUCAAGUAGUACAAGGUCAACAGUAUGAAGCUCAAUUUGUUAACGGACAAUUUGUCGGUAAUUUGCUGGGUCAACAACUGGCUGCACAGCAGCAGCAACAACUGCAGCAGCAACAACAGCAACAGCAGCUGCAGCAGCCAAUAGCAAUAUCACCAAGACAGCCUCAACAGUUAUUCUUGCCUCAACAACAAGCGGCAUCAGAUCAAGGAUCUUUCUCUAGACAGUAUGUCAGCUUCGGCGACACUCCUAUAGUAGAUGCCGAUUUUAAUCAUGGUAUUGACAAUUCUGCUCUUGCACUUGAAACGCAUAAUGUAUUUAAGCGACAAAGUGAUGUAAAGUCGCGUUCUAAAGUCAAAAGGAGGCAAACAGUAGGUGGUAGCAUAUUUGAAGACGCCGUGGCAGGUCCGGGUGGGACCUAUACUUUCGACCAAAGCCUCCUUCAUGGUUUAGCAGGAAUCGGGCAAAACGAAGCGAUUUCAGAAAAACAGAAACAAACUGAAGACGAAAGGGAACCGGCCGAAGCUGAAGUUAAAGCGGUUCUCAAUAUAUGUACGGGAUGCGAUCCAGAACCUUUCGAUAAGGCUUUGAUAUUCGGUUGGAGGACUGUACCUAAAAAAUUGUAUUCCGGUGCUUUCUAUACGCCCGCGGUGCCCGAAUGCAAGGUCUUCUAGAUGUAAUGUUUUAACCGUUGUAAAUAUGUUAUUGAAUCACUCACUCACUGCCAUCAAAAUGAUAGAGAGUUUAUAGUAUUAUUAAUUUAGUAUUU